AUGAAGUUAUUGAAGUACCCUAUAGGGAUAAGUAACACUAGUUCAGUGAAUGCAUUGGAUUCGAUUGAUGGUAAAUUGGUCUUAAUAAGAGAUGACGGUAAUAUGGUUGUAUGGUCGCAACAGAAGCUUAUUGAUGCCGCAUUCGAUAGAAUCGAUAUUGGUGAGUUAAGUGAAGAUUUUAGUCUCGAUUUAUCAGAAAUAAUUACAGUGAAGAAUACAAACCAUGUAGGAUAUAACAAUCUGAAAUAUAUCACUCAUUGUGAAAAUAGUAAAGGUACCAAGACUUUGAUUGUGGGUUCUUACUACAAACUAAUAUAUUAUGAGGAUUGGUAUAAUAACUGUAAUCCUGCUAAUAAAAUUAAACCGAAGCCAAAAGUGUUGUAUCAAGGUAAGAAAUUAUCUUCUACAGUCACUGAUGUGAAAUACGAUCCUAAAUUGAAUAUUAUUUUCAUUCUCAUAAAUAAUAAAAACAAAGUCUUACUGUUUAGUUCAAAGACAAUGAAAAAAUUAUCAGAAAUAACGUUUGUUGAUGCAAUUCAACCAAUUACAGGUAUAGUCGACCCAAUGGGCCAGAUAUUCACAGUGUUAUCCUUGGAUCAAUCCGUUAGAUUCUAUCAAAUAAAAUCUGAUGGUAAUUAUAAAUUAAUAAAAACUUUGCAGAAAAAAGUUAAUAUAUACCCACUCAAUUAUAAAAUUAACAUGCCGCCUUCUGCAAAUUUUUAUCCUUUAAUAAAUUACAUCUCAGCGCACUCAACAGAUGAAAAUGCAACCAAUAAUGUAAAGAAUAAUAGCACCAAUAACAAUUCACAAACAAAUGCUCAUUUACCGACGAGUUCAGAUUCAACUGUAUUUCUAGAUAGAAAUGAUACGUCUAAGGUUAUUACUACUUUAGUUACACCGCCAUUCCUAAAGAACACUGUCUUGAAAUUUUCACCAAUUAUUUAUGAUAAACUAAAUACAAAGAAGAAUACUAGAACUAGAUACAACCUACUAGCUACUUCUGGGAGCAAGGAAGGAACGAUUGUAGUGUGGAAUACAAAGCGUGUCAAGCCAUUAUUCAAUGCGUUAAAGGUAUCAGAUUCACCAAUAAAUGACAUUAUAUGGGCCGAUGAUGGUUUAACAAUAUUCGCUGUCUCAAAUGAUAAUGUAUUAUACAAUUUUGCAUUUCAACAUGCUGAUCUGGGCGAAGCUUUGCCGGCAUCUGAAGUUGAAUCUCUUUUGAAUAAGAAUAUUCUUUUACCAGAACUUGAAGACUUAGUUGAUAAAUCUGCUGCUGCUAAAAUAAAGGUAGAAAAUAAUGAUUCCAAAAACAUCAAGUCUGAAAAUUCUGGCGUUUUAAUUUCUGAUAAAACAGAUGAUUCAUCAACAGAUCUGGCAACAAAAACCUUAUCCACAGAGGUAAGCUCAAUUACUAAAUCACAAGAAGAAAAUAAAUCGCGUGCUGACCUUUCGGUGGAACAAAAUCUAGUCGAAAGUUCUCAAACGAUGCCAGUUAAUAAAAUUCAAGAGAAUUCAAAUUUGCCAAAAGAUCAAGAUGCUAAAAAAAAUGUAAUAAAUAAUCUAUCAAAGAAACCUCAGAAAAAAAAUGACUCUCAAACUGUUACCUUGAAGAAUUCAUCGAUGGACUUUAACUCUCCUGCUUAUAAUGUUCCAAAAGAUUUGAGGAGAAAACCGAAAGAAGAUGCAAAUGGUGAGAUAAUUAAGAAAAGACAGAAAAAAGACCUAGAAUCAAUGGACUUUCUUGAUAAUGGUUUAUUACUAUCGAACGUUUCAUUUUCAAGAGUAAGGUUGGGCACUCCAAAAAUUAGAGCAUCUUUUGAAUACAGUCCCGUAUCGAAUAAAAAUUUAGUGCUCGAUGUGAAAAAUGGAACAGGUAAUGAACAAAAACCAACCAUCAUAACUUUAAAUUCCAAGGCUAAAGAAACAAGCAAGCAAAUAUUUAAAGAUUUCAUUCCUAAAUUUGUAACGAUAUGUGCUGCGGGAGAUUUUUUUUGGGCCUGUGCUACAGAAGAUGGUAUAAUAUAUGUAUAUUCUGAUUCUGGUAAGAGGAUGCUACCUCCUCUAGUUUUAGGUGUUCCAUGUAGUUUUCUAGAAGCGUCAUCUAAAUAUUUACUUUGUGUGACAUGUAUUGGAGAGUUAUAUUGCUGGGAUUUAGAACAAUUAAAAUUAUCAUUCCCUUGCACUACAAUUUACCCAUUAUUAAACCCAUCCUUAAGGUAUUCAGACGAUAUUUUAACUCGUGCAGAAAAUAUUACAGUUUGUUGUGUUACUGAUAAAGGAAUACCACUAGUUACACUAAGUAAUGGGGAUGGCUAUAUGUUUGACAGAGACAUGGAAACAUGGGCUUUGAUUAGUGAUGGCUGGUGGGCAUAUGGAUCUCAAUACUGGGACAUGACGAACCAGACCAAUUUUUCAAGUUUGAAAACAAAUAAACUUGAUAAGACUGAUAACUCAGGUGCUUCAGAAAUAAUGCAAUUAAUUAAUAACGAGACAGAUAGUAUUGUAAAUUAUAUGGAACGUAAAACAAAUGAUGAAUUGAUUAGGAAGGGACGCAUAAAGAACUUACAAAGAUUUGCAAGAACAAUUUUAAUGAAAGAAGGUUUUGAAAAUAUCGAGGAGAUCGUAACACUAUCACAUCUUGAAAAUAGAAUUUUAGUAACUUUAAAGUUAGAAGAAUCAAAAGAAUUUUCAAGAUUACUAGUUCUUUAUUGUUUACGUAUCAGUGAAUUGGGUUAUGUCGAUCGUCUAAAUGAUGUUUUACAAUGGUUGUAUAAUGGUGGCGAUAUUGAGAAUAGUAAACUAGGAGGUGAAACAAGAAAAACUUUACUAGAAAGUGUUUUGGCAGCUUGUUCGGAUAUAAGACAAAUACAAAGAAUUACAACAAGUUAUGCUUCUGCUAUUGGAAUUAUAAAAGAUAUCGUAUAA